UUUGCGUGGGAGUAGCAUGUUUGCGAGAGGAUAAAAUAGCUUUUAAAUAAAAUAAAGUGAAAAUAAUAAUAAUAAUAAACAAUAGCUGAAUUUUUUAGCACCGCACCCCAGCGUCAUAUCAGACGUUUCAAGUAUCUCUACGUGUUUCCGGUGUCGUGGCGAUCACACACAGAACAGUUUUAUUCAUCAGUCAGUAAACCAGCUGAUAAACAACACAAACAUGAUCUCGUUAACGGACUCACAGAAGAUCGGGAUGGGGUUGACAGGCUUCGGCGUGUUUUUCCUCUUCUUCGGGAUGAUUCUGUUUUUUGAUAAAGCGCUCUUGGCCAUAGGAAAUAUCUUGUUCGUCGCGGGUCUCUCAUUUGUUAUCGGACUGGAACGGACGUUCAGGUUCUUCUUCCAGCGGCAUAAAAUGAAAGCCACCGGCUUCUUUCUGGGAGGUGUUUUUGUGGUGCUCAUCGGAUGGCCGAUUGUAGGAGUCGUUCUGGAAGUUUAUGGAUUUUUCCUUCUUUUCCGGGGCUUUUUCCCAGUAGCGGUUGGCUUCAUUAGGCGAGUGCCUAUUCUUGGAUCUUUACUGAAUCUUCCUGGUAUCAGUGGGGUAAGUCGACCACAGUUUGCUGACUUUUGUCAUUCGUUUGGUAUUUUGUGCUUAUGCAAGUGACACUUAAAAUCAUGUCACAUGACUACAUGUUGUUCUGUUUCUCUUUUAGUUAGUGGAUAAAGUCGGCGAGAGCAACACCAUGGUAUAACGGUCAACAGUUUAGUAUUUUCUUUUAGUUUUCUAUGAGUGGCUCAUAUUUAUAUUUGUCAUAUAAUAGUGCUUCUAGUCCGGCGUCUUGCCGGACGAUAUUUCUGAAUGACAGAUGAGAUUUUUGAUACUUUACCUGUGAAGAAGUUCAAGUGUUUUUUUUUUUCCUGGGACUGAUUACCAAACCAAGUCAGGCACUGUUUUUGUUGCAUCACACGUCUCCCUCCAGGGGAGCGACAGGGACCACCAAAGCCCUAAAUGACCACGAGAUUGGCGGAACCGAAACUGAAAGGAAUCACUGGGUUCUGAAUGAAGUCGUUACUGUUUUUUAUUGCGCUUUUAUGUGCCAACUGUUCUGUUUUGCUCUUUUUAUUUGUCAAAAUCUAAUUUGGACUUUCCACACGAGCUCCACCUAGUGGAGCGGAGACUGUUUCAUUCUUCGUGUUCACGAGGAAAAUUCGUGACAUGCUGUUGUAAUACAUGACUGACUUGUUUAAGUAUUUGUAAAUACUUCAAAUGUGAGACUAAUGUAAAUUUUUACCGACAAAGAUCCUGUUUAAUAAAUGGAUUAUAUCCUUGACGGGUCUACUUGUCUUUGAUAAACAUCACAUUCACAGGCUUAUAUAAGUGCUUGGUGCAAAUACUAAACAAAAAUUGUAUAUAUUGCUAGCAUAUAUUGCUUACACUUUGCACUUUCAUUAUACAUGUAGUGAGUACAUUGAGUAGUUCCUGUUCCAACAGUUAGUUGGAAGUGUAACAAUGUCAAUCAAACGUUUGGACACACUUUCUAAAAGUUAUUCAUGACUAUUUUUCACAUUUACUGAUCAAAACAUAACACAAAUGAAAAAAUAAACUCACAUUUCAGUUUCUUUGUCUAGAAUCAAGCUAUGAUCAUUAUGGAGUCUCAUGAAGUGCAUUAUGGGAUGCUUUAAAACACCUGAACAUGUAGUAUAAAUGCUCGAUGGUUAUGGAUGUAACGGUAUUGUUAAUAUCGCAAUAGCAAAACGCUCGAUAUUAUCGUGGUCACGUCAUGAUAUUAAACAAUAAGUCUUAUGGGCAAAAAGUGUAGUUUUUAAAAUUGAAUGUUUUCACUGAAGCUGGAGUUUUCCUUCAAAAUAAAAGCUCUACUGCCGUUUCCGUCAAAAUAAACAAAGUGCAGUAUGAAUUGCUGACAGCUAGUGUUUUUAAUGCUGUCCAAAUUCAAAAUAUCUCUUUCAAAGCAGAGAAAGAGAAAUUAGGAACGAAGUAGUGUAAUUUCCCUACUGUAAAGCAAAAAUAAUAUACCUAUGAAAUAUUCAUUUUUAUUCAUUUUAGUGUAAUUGUUUCACAAUAUAUGACUAUUCCUGUUAUUGUUGUUGUUAUUAUUAUUAUUUUCUAAUUUGAAAAUAAUAUGAAUGUGAAUGUAAUUUACACAGGGACAGUAUAUCAUAAAUAAAAAGAGGAUUUUGCCCUUUCAAGUUCAGGUACAAGUCAAUUCACUGACUUUUUUUCUGACUUAAGUUUUCUUAGUUAAAAACAUGGGUUGAAUCUCUUAAUUUUGAACUCUCAAAGUGCGUUAGACAGAAUAAUUUAACCUUAAAUUGUACAAUAAUUCAUUUUUUCCUCAAUUCUUCAUUCAUUUUUUUUUUUUUUUAAA